AUGAGACAUCAGCUAGAAGAUGUUGUAUUACAAACAAAUUUAUUACAAGCGUUUCAAAAAAAUAAAAUUAUUCAGGGUAAACUAAGUGAGCGUCAAAAAUCUUACUAUGUUAAAUUGAUUAAAGAAAUGCAAAUAUAUGAUGUUAAAACAAAAUUAAAUCGUGAAUUACUUUAUACAUGGAAAAAAGAAUCCUAUGUUCGACAAUUAAAAAAAAAUUUAGUCGACUAUGAACGUAAACGAUUUGGUGCUCGAGAUGCUUACUAUGAAUAUCAAGCAAAAAAUUUAGAAAAUCUUAUAAGUGGUGGUUCUCAGGGUCUUGUUAUUCCACCUAUUGAAGAAAAACGACGACAUGAUGUUGAUGAAAAAUUUCAACAAUUUUUGAGAGAACAUCCUCAUACUAGUACUGUUAAACCACGUGUAACUCAAUCAGCAGCCGUUUUACCGACAAUUAUAACAGAGGAUGAUGAAGUAGCAUUUAAAAAAGAAGUUGAAAGUCCAUCGAUGACCGAUUUGAAAAUAGCUGAAACAUGGAGUAAAAUUCAUGCUCAGUCAGCUACACCACGCAGAAUAAAAACGUUGCCGACAAUUCAUCGUUCAAAAACAAUGGGUGAAAUUCGACGAGAAACAAUAAAAAAUGCAUCGAAUACACCUUCAGUAAUGGUAGGUGGUGUACAAGUAUCAACACCAGAACUGAACAAUCAAACAAAUACCUCUCCUGAAGGUACAGAACCGUUAGUAAUAACAUCCGAAACGUUACAACAGCAGACAUACGCUGAUUUAAUCGCUAUGCGUUCUGUGAGACGUCCACGUAAAAAUCCUACAGAUCUAAAUAUGCUCUAUGAAGCACGUAAACGUAUUUAUCAUAUAAAUAAACGUGCGUAUGAAUAUAAUUUAUGUCAACGAAAAUGUGGCCUUCAAUACAAUAACCAUUUCGAUAAGACAACAGAUGAUGAAAAUGAGGAGGAGAUAGAUGUCGAGAGAGAUCGACUAAGAAACGAAGAUCGACAUCAAUUUAAAAAAGAUAUUUGA